AUGGAGGACUUCAAGGACUCCAGGGAGAGCCUGCGGCUUCAGGUCCCCUCUAGCCCCAAGAGUACCCGCUCGAGCGUCAGACAGAGCGUCAUCCAGUUCCGUGCCAACAAGAUCAGCUGGCUGAGCAGCCGGCUGGACGAGAAGGACUUCUCCAAGUCCGCCAACGCCGACGAUGACGACAAGUUCAGCCUCCGGCCCGAGAGCGGCGUGAUCCUCGCGGAUGAGCAGCCCAGGUUCAGAAAGCGCGAGACGUCCUCGAUCCUCGAGCUCUUCUACGACCUCUGGGUGGUCGCUACCCUCAACGUCUUCACGUCAGCGCACGAGAUCACCAGCCGGGCCGAGCUGGGCUCAUUCCUGCAGUACAUCUUCCUGCUGUGGACGACGUGGUUCCUGGUAGUUAUCUACGACGUCCGCUUCCUCGAGGACAGUGUCGUCGAGCGAGUCACCCGGGCGGUGCAGCUCGGGGUCCUGUUGGUUUUCGUCCAGGCCGCGCCGUUCUUCGACCCUUCGGACCAGACCCGUGGCGUCUUUGCCUCGCUGUCUCUCGUGCUGGCCUUCUCCAGACUGGUUCUGGCAGGCCAGUACGGGAUUGUGCUCUGGCAGACCCGAUAUUUCGGACAGGGCCGCGGUGGUCUCAUCGCAGUCCUCGCCAUCCAUGUCAUGGCUGCCAGCCUUUAUGCCAUCGUGUCUGCAGCGUUCUUUGUUCAUGAGAACAGCCCGGCUUACAUUGCCUGGAUGGUUGUGUCCACAUCUGAGAUUGUGGGCAACCUUGUCGUCGCAAUGAUGUCUCGCGUGGUCAGCUUUGAAAGCAGCCACCUGCCUGAGAGGUUGAGCCAGCUUACGCUCGUAGUACUGGGAGAGGGUGUAAUCAAUCUUGCUCGUGACCUGACCAACAUCGAGCGGAACUCCCAGAACAGCUGGAUGUCUUGGAGCCCCCAGAUGCUGCUCAUCUUUGUCUCCGGAAUAGCGAUGGUCUACCUGAUUUUCCAAAUCUACUUCGAUUGGAUGCACCCCAACAGAAUGACAUCCUGGCCCCAGACCGCCUGGGCUCUUCUCCACCUACCCUUCCACUUUGCCCUACUUCUGGUCAUGGAGGCCAUGAACCAGUUCAUCAUUUGGUGGAGGCUUCUGGAGCUUAUAACCCAGUCUUCGGCCGAUAUCUUCAACGUGCUGUCUACCCUGCCCGCGGUCCCAACAAGCCUAGAGGUUGCAUCCAAGCUGAAUGAGACUGUUACGAGAGUCUUUGACACUUACCCUGCGCAGGAAGACAGGACACUGGUGAUGCAAGGCGUCAUGGACACCUUGCAGAAUGUGUCAAGACUUCCUGAAGAGCUCUGGGAGGAGCUGUCCAACAAAACCAGCUACGUCAACGAGUCGUUUGUGUCUAGUGGAGCGAUGACAAGUUCACUCCGCGAGUUCCAGGAUGACUUGGUGGAGCUCUUCUCGACGACCAUAGACACCAUCUUCAGCAACUUCGAGCUCGACCCGUUCGAGGGUCCAUCAACCAAUUCGACGGAUGUCUUUGGCAUACAGAGGGAGGCGUUUGAGGCGACGACACGCAUGUUCAACCUCGUCUUUGUCUAUGCCUUCCUAGCGGCCGGCACGCUGGUGAUCCUUCUGGUACUCCUGCACGCGGCCUCGAAGAGAGAGGGCUGGACACCAUUCAACAUCCUGCGGUCUGGGUUCAUCGGCGUGCUCGGCCUGGCGCUCAUGUUCGUCACGCUGCUGUCCACCAACGCCACAAGCCUGCACAGCUUCUUUGACACGCCGUGGCCGCUGCCGAUGAUGACCUUUACCUUUGUGAUUGUGCUGUUUCUCACACACGUGCCUCACCCGAGGACCUUCCUGGGUUACGCAGCCCCAGUUGAAGAUCCACCAGCGGAGGAACCCUCUGUAGACUCAACACCAUCAUUCAAAGCAGUUGAAGGCCUUACGACCACUGGGUGCCACACCAUCAACGCCAUUCUCUCUCUCAACGCUUGGUCUUUGCUACCGCCCUCAGUCAUCCUCGCAAACAACAUGGCAUUCUCACGGAGUUCCAUCCUCGGGGCAAUGCUCGCGUGCGCGCAAUUGGCAGCAGCAGCACCCAACCCUGUGGCUGCCGCCCAUCCCAUGAUCACUCCUCCCCCGUCUCUCGACCGUCGAGCUCUUGAGCGUCUGGAAGGCCGUGAUCUCGAUUUUGGCGGCUACCUCAACUCCGUCUUCUCGUCCCUCGGCUCCGGUGUCUCCAGCUUCGUCGCUUCUGGCGUCCCGCAGUUCUUCAAUGACCUGCCAACUGGCACGGCUGUCGAGUCCAGCCUGGGCAUCUCAUCGAGCGACCUUGAUGCCUCGCCGACACAGGCACUUAACGUGCCGCCGUACGCCAACUGGACGGAUCAGGGGUGGAACCUGAGGAUACACGGGAACAUCUACAAACAGCCAAAUAUCUCGCAGGACAAGCUCAACGACCUGGCAAACGUGUUCCUCAUUGACACUGACAUUACGGACCUGCCCGAGGACCAGCAGAAUCAGGCGCGGAACCUGACAAGCGAGAUCUUCGUCGUGCAGCAGGACAACGAGCAGGUCAUCAUCGAUAUCAUCAAUGAUGCGACUGUUGACCCCAACACGGACAGCGGUGCGAUCAGCGCAGCGGGUGGAACACAGAACAUUACCAUGCCGUUCAACACGACCGAGCAGGGAGAUUUCGACAGUUUCAUCGUCCUGCAGAACACCACGGGGCCAAACGGCGGCCACCUGCUGCCAGGUAACGAGACGGACCGGCUGCAGGUGCUGGAUCUUUGGGUCCGGGGCGCAGAGACGACAGGCAAUGCUACUGCUUAUCUGGUCCCGCCGACGGGUAUUACUAUCAUUUCGGACAUUGACGACAUUCUUCGAGUCACAAAGAUCUACGACCCGAAGGAGGGCCUCCUCAACUCGUUCGCCCGUCCCUUCACGCCGUGGGAGAACAUGCCAGAGAUCUAUGCCAACUGGUCCAAGUCCAUCCAGAACCUGCACUUCCACUACCUCACGACGACGCCGGAGCAGGUCACCAAGAACUAUAUGGAUUUUAUCUACAAGACCUACCCACUGGGCUCCUUCGAUACCCGGCCGCUCAACUUCAGCGAUGUGUCGGCAACGCUGUCGAUCCGCAAGUUCCUGCUUCAAAAGAUCUUCCAGACCUUCCCGCAGCGCAAGUUCAUCCUCGUGGGCGACACAUCGAACUCGGAUAUCAUGUCUGAUUAUCCAGAGCUGGUCAAGGACUUCCCCAACCAGGUGCAGUGCAUCUUCCUCCGCAACACGAGCUCCACAGACAGCAGCGACCUCUUCCCGUACAACACGAAGGGCUUCAACGGCAUCCCCCAGAACCAGUACAUGUUCUUCCACAAUCCGAAUGACUUGACAAACCUGGACAUCGUCAACGGGAACUGCUUCAACUCGAGCAUAGUGCAAAACGUGACGUUCCAGCUGCAGGGACCCUACGGCCUUGGCAGUGCGGCGGGUGCGCUGGCGCCUCCGAGCUGGUGGAAGAGCGUCAGCUGGGGUCUGGGCCUGACGCUACUGGUGGCGGCAAUGUCUACUUAG